GUAUAAAAUAGUGUGUCCGAUCCCAAUCCAGUCCAAUCCAAUCAAACCAAUUUCUGAGAGAAGAAAAGAAAAAACCAGAAGCAAAGCGAAGCUAGAGAAAGUAGUGAACUUUGCGGUGUGUUUGGACACGAUGAUAAAAACAGUCAUGCUUCGUUCUUGCCCUUCUUCUUCUCCUCUGCUCUUCGAAGCCAACAGAGAAGCUUUUUCUGCACGAGCAUCUUCGCCGUCGUCGUCAUCAACGACGCCGAAGUUCGCUUCCACUAUCUGUUGCUCGUCCAGAAACCAUGCUUACAUUCCAAAGCUCGAGCCUUUUAGCCGGUCCAAGCUUGAUCGCGCCAUUAGCGACCCGCCCUUGAUCGAAAAGUGCGAGAACGAGCUCUCUGAUUACUGUUCAACGCUCGAAGGAGACGAGUCUUAUGGCUGCUGGAGAGCGUAUUUUGAGCUCAAGGAUCUAGAGAAGGAGAUACCAAAACAAGAUGUGGAGAAGCUGAUUCUUCAAGCAGGAGGUGUAAAGACAUUAGUGGGAUGCUUACAUGGCAUUGCAGCAAUAAAAAAAGAUAAGAAGCAUGGAUUUAAUUCAGCAAAGCCAUCAGAGGUGGUAAAAGAAGGAGAGAGACUCUGCCCCAUACCAGAUGGGUUGCCAAAAUCAGCUCAGGAGCUGGAGGAAGAAGAAAGUUCAAGAAUGCCAGAUUCACCCUUCACCAGGCUUCUUAGAAUUAAGGGGAGGCACCCUGCUUGGUAUUCAGCUACCCCUGACCAUGAAACAGAUUGAUCAAACACGAAGUUUUGUUUUUUGUUUUAUUUGUGAAUAUGUCUUUGGGAUUUACUGGUUUAGGAAUGUGGUGUAAUGGUGUUUAUAUAUGUGGGGAUGUUUUGGUUUUGAUUGUUGGGAGGCUUUGAAGGUUUAUUUUUCAGUAGAGGACUUCAAUCACUGUAUGAUUUUUCAUGAAGUUCAAUGAAUUAAAAUUUUCCAAGCAGAA